AUGUCUGUCAAGCAGAUUCUUCGCUCCGAGGUCGUGCUGGACAAGUAUGGCAAAUCGCUUGCCGGAAAAACAGUUCUGAUCACUGGUAUCUCCGAGGAGUCCAUCGCGGGCGAACUCGCCAUCCAGCUAUCCGCCGCCAAUCCCAAGCUCCUCAUCCUGAGUGCGCGCAACGAGUCAAAGGUAGCUCCGAUCAUCGAAAAGAUCAAGGAGUCCAAGCUCAACGUCGAAACUCGCUUCCUCGACAUCGAACUGGCAGACCUGAGUAGCGUCCGCCGGGCAGUUGAACAGGGCCUCGCAAACGUGCCCAAGAUCGACCAUGUAGUCUUUGUGGCUGGUGUGAUGGCAUGCCCUUUCAACAAAACCAAGGAUGGCUUUGAGAUGCAGUUUGGAGUGAAUUACCUCGCCAACUUCCUGCUUGUGAAGCUUUUACUGCCCAAGGUUCAAGCAGCUGGCUCAGGAUCUUCGAUUAUCAUUACAUCGAGCGCGAUUAUGAGACAAGGGAAGGUGAAUUUCGACGAUCUUGAGUUCAGUGUGAGUCCGAGCCACGUUUCCCCAUAUCGGAAGACAUGUUGA